AUGCAGCAGAGUGAAGCCAUGUGGAUCAAGUUUGACGCAGACAGACUGUACGUGAUCCGUAUCUACGUCGACAAUGUGAACGUGGUGACAGGCCAAACCUCGCAAGUACAAGGCCAGCAAGAUUAUGUCAUCGUGCCCGAUCAGGCCUUCCUCAAUGGAUACAAAUCCAACAUCAAUGCGUUAACAACACAGUUUCGCCGUCCACGGUAUGCGGCCAAUUAUACACAGCAAGACGCCCAGACCAUACGCUUCGAGGUAACGCCAUCUACGAACACUAACGUACUAACAGUAAUCGAUGUGGGUGUUGAGGGUGAAGAACUUUGCCAAGCUGUGGUGACGUUACCCAGCAUGACUGUCAGGGACUUCACGAGGAAGUACGAGCUUCAAUUCGAAGACGGUACUGUUAUCUCGGCUAGACUUACCAGUCAAGGAGAACAGGUCGACGGUAUGAAGAGCGAUCACGUGAUGUAA